AUGAGGCCCAUCCUGCUUCAAGGCCCUGAACAUGCCAUCACUCAGAUAAAAUACAAUCGUGAUGGGGACUUGCUCUUUACAGUCGCCAAAGACCCUGUGGUGAAUGUUUGGUACUCCGUGAAUGGCGAACGGCUGGGAACAUACAAUGGACAUACAGGAGCGGUGUGGUGUAUGGACGUUGACUGGGACAUGCGUCAUGUACUGUUUGGAUCUGCUGAUAACUCUUGCAGGCUCUUUGAUUGUGAGACAGGAAAACAGCUGGCUUUGCUGGAGACAAACUCCGCUGUGAGGACUUGUGGCUUUGAGUUCGGAGGCAACAUAAUUGAAGAUAAUGAGCCUUAUAUGAAAAGAUAACCAGAGCUGUGUGGGGCCCUCUUGGAGAACAUGUCAUUGCAGGGCACGAGAAUGGAGAACUAAACCAAUACAGUGCUAAGUCUGGAGAAAUUGUCAACACUAUCAAAGAGCAUUCUAAGCAGAUUAAUGACAUUCAGAGCUCCAGGAAUAUGACUAUGUUUAUCACUGCAUCCAAGGACUGCACAGCUAAGCUAUUUGAUACUACAACACUGGAACAUCAAAAAUCUUUCCGUACAGAGAUACCAGUUAACUCUGCUGCCCUGUCACCAAUAUAUGACCAGGUUGUUUUGGGAGGUGGACAAGAAGCUAUGGAUGUGACCACAACAUCAACCAGGAUUGGGAAAUUUGAGGCCAGGUUCUUCCAUAUUUAA